AUGUUUGUCUCCAUUGAGGAAGAACCGAUCCCUUUUCAUCUUCAUAGCAAUGGUUCGACUGACGUUGUGAAAUCUGUUCUUGUUGAGUCGAAUUUCCGUAAUGUUGAUGAGCUCUCCCCUGAAUCUGGAAUGGUUGAAUCCCAUUAUGGGAUCACUGAAACUCCUGCUAAUGUCGGUGCGGUUUCUCAGCCGGAGAAGGAUCAGCUUGAACAAAAUUUAAAGGAUUUAGAAGGAGAAAUUGAGAGUUUGAAGACUAAAUUGGCAUAUCAGGAUGAAAAGAGAAGAGCUUCAUCGAAUAAGAUACUGGACAUUAAAGGUAAUAUUCGAGUUUUCUGUCGGGUAAGACCAUUUCUAUCAACUGCUAAGAAGAGAAUUCAACAGCCCCUUUCCAUUGAUCAAGAGAAAGUUGUAAUUAGAUAUGGUGGAACUAGGAAAGAAUUCGGAUUCGAUCAGGUCUUUCCUCAGGAAUCAAGCCAAGAAGAUGUGUUUGCUGAGGUUGAGCCAAUUCUCAGAUCUGCGCUGGAUGGACACAAUGUGUGUAUAAUUGCUUAUGGACAAACUGGUACUGGCAAGACUUAUACAAUGGAUGGAACAAAUGAGUCACCUGGUAUCAUUCCUCGAGUUUUAAGCACACUAUUCAGCCAGGCAUCUUCCGAAACUGCUGCUUCAUUUACGUUCUCCAUUAGCAUGGUGGAAGUUUAUUUAGGUAGUCUAAGAGAUUUGCUUGCUCCUAAACAGCAGAGAUCAUAUGGUAUAUCAAGAUGCAAUCCAACUAUCCAAAUAGAUUCAAAAGGCUCGGUUGAGAUUGAAGGCCUCACAGAAGUACAAGUCUCAAAUUUGACGAAAGCAACUUGGUGGUAUACCAAAGGACGACGUGUUAGAUCUACAUCGUGGACUAGUGUUAAUGAGGCUUCAAGCAGAUCGCAUUGUUUGACGAGGAUCACCAUACACCGCCUUGGAGAUACUCCAGGAGCCAAAUCAGAAGUAAGCAAAGUGUGGAUGGUUGAUCUUGGUGGUAGUGAGCGAUUACUUAAAACAGGAGCCACGGGACAAACAAUGGAUGAAGGGCGGGCUAUAAAUCUCUCUCUUUCAGCUCUGGGAGAUGUUAUUGCAGCUCUUAGAAGAAAGAAAAACCAUGUACCAUACAGAAACAGCAAGUUAACACAAAUCCUGAGGGACUCAUUAGGUGAUGGAUCAAAAGUCAUGAUGUUUGUCCAUGUAAGUCCAUAUGAAGAAGAUGUUGGAGAAACAACUUGUUCUGUGUCUUUUGCCAAGAGAGCAAGAGCUGUGGAAUUCACUCGAGAACUUUCAGAAGACUUGAAGAAGCAAAAGGAGAAAAAAAUUGCUGAACUUGAAGAUGAGAUGAAGGAAGCUGAAGAAGAGUGUGAAAAACUUCAAAAACAGAUCAGAAAGAUCGAGUUUCUGCUAGCUGAAUAUAAAAAAAUUUCUUCAACUUCUAGUCAAAAUCAGGAAGAGGAAGUGAAGAAUCCUGCAAGUCCCAAAGAAUCUAUUGUUGAAGCGCUUGAAACGCCUAAAGCUUCUGAAAGAGCUGUUGUGAAAAAUGAUGGAACUUCGUUACCUCGGUUCAUGAAUUCCACUGUGGCCAGUCGUCAAAGAAAGAGUGUUGCAGAAAGACAAGUUACUAGCAGAGUAAGAAGUUUCAGAUCAGAGACCAAAAGUUCAAUCCACAUUUCAGGUUCUCAGUCCAAUAGCUAUUCAGAUCCUCGAUUUAAAGGGAUCCUGCGGAGUUCAAAUAAAAAGCCUCGAUAUGGAGAAUCAGAAUGUACUCUGACGGGGGAUGCUAAAUGUGAUGUUCUACACUCAAAUUCAUUGACUCCAGGCAGAACAGUUACUCCAAAAUCCAACUUGAGACCCACUGUUUUUAACCAUAGAAGAAGGAUGUCUGACGUGCUUUAA